GACGCUGUCUCCCGGUGCUAAUGACCAUCGCCCUUGCCGCGGCUGCUCUGCCUGGAGUGAGCUCCUCCGGCUGCGACCUGUUCCAGGGGAGGUGGGUGGCGGACAAGUCGUACCCACUGUACGACGCGUCGACCUGCCCGUUCGUGCCGGACGUCUUCGACUGCCGCCGCAACGGCCGCCCCGACGACGCCUACCUCAAGUUCCGGUGGAACCCCGCCAACUGCCGGCUGCCCAGGUUUGACGGCGCGGAUUUCCUGAGGAGGUGGCGCGGGAAGACGGUGAUGUUCGUGGGGGACUCGCUGAGCAUGAACCAGUGGGUGUCGCUCGCCUGCAUGCUCCACGCCUCCGCGCCGGCGCCCGUCCGCGCCACCCUGACCGCCGGCGAGCCCGUCUCCACCUUGCGCUUCGAGGACUACGACCUGCUGCUGGUGCUGUACCACACCACGUUCCUGGUGGACGUGGUGCGGGAGGACGGCGUCGGCCGGGUGCUCAAGCUCGACUCCAUGCGCAACGCCUCCGCCUGGCUCGGCGCGCACCUGCUCGUCUUCAACACAUGGCACUGGUGGACCUACAGAGGCGCCAGCCAAGUGUGGGACUUCGUGCAGGACGGGAAUAACACGUUCAAGGACAUGGACCGGCUCACGGCGUUCUCCAAGGGCCUCUCCACAUGGGCGCGCUGGGUCGACGCCAACAUUGACGCGUCCAAGACCAAGGUCAUCUACCAGGGCAUCUCCCCCAGCCACUACCUGUCGAAGAAGCAGGAGGGUGAAGCGGGCGCGGCGGCGACGGUGCCGGCGGCAACGGGAGGCGGCAGCUGCCUGAAGCAGAUGCGGCCGCUGCAGGAGGCCACGGCUGCCGCCGGCGGGGGCACGAGCGAGACCCCGGAGCAGGCCGUGGUGCGGGGCGUGAUCGGCGGCAUGAGGUCGCCGGUGGCGCUGCUGGACAUCACCGAGCUCUCGCAGCUCAGGAUCGACGCGCACCCGUCCGUGUACGCCGGGCCCGGGAGGGACGGCAUGGACUGCACGCACUGGUGCAUCGCGGGGCUCCCCGACGCCUGGAACCACAUCAUGUACGCCAUGCUCCUGCAGCAGCAGGGGUGAACCAACAAACUACGCCUGGCUUAUUCUUUCUCUAGCUGCGCACACGAGUUGCUAGGUAGACGCGCUCGAUGGUGAACUAAUUCCUGAUUUAUUUGUGAACCUUUCGGCAUUUAUUUAGGUGUUGCUAGUCUCUCUCGAUGAACCGAAGAACAUUGUGUGUCAUUUAUCUAGCUAGGGUGGUGAGAGUGUAACCUGACACUGCAAAUGGCAGUG